AUGUCUGUUACUACCAGUCAUCUCGUGCUGCCACGCCCAGGCACAACAUAUACACCAAAGCCGCCUAUUAGAGGUCCUUCGGAAUCAUUUUUCACAUCCACUUUUGGCGCCUUGCUUCCACCGGCGCAACACCUUGAAACUGCCAAUGGAAAAGCGGCGUACUUCUCGAUACCACCAUCGGCACCUACAGAUAAUGCACGAAUACUCGAUCGCGUACUCCUAAUCCAUGGUGUACAGACCCCAGCCAUAGGAAUGCUGCCUCUGGCACGUGCACUGCACGAUACAUUCCCACACACACAUUUCGUGUUGGUAGAUCUCUGGGGUCACGGCUUAAGUGAUACACCCGUCAUUCCACACGAAGCGGCUUUGUUCCACGGCCUGAUUGACGCGCUACUCGAUCAUUUACAAUGGUCUACCGCACAUCUCAUUGGCUUCUCCUUCGGCGGCUCAUUAACAGUCGGAUACACUGCAUCGCGACCAUCUCGCGUGAGCAGCUUCACGCUUGUUGCCCCAGCGGGACUUAUCCGCAUUUAUGCUUUCCCAACAGAAGACCAACACCACCUGAUGCACGGUGUUGACGAAGUCGAGGUGCGAAAGCUUAUUCUACGGUUCUUGGAAGGCGGGGAAUUGAUAGUUCCGGAUGACUGGCGAGAAAGAGUUGGAAGAGGUGAGAUCGUUCCUCAAGCGGUGAAAGAAUGGCAGAUGCGUGAACACCCUGGGCAUACGGCCUCUGUUGUUGCUAUGUUUAGAGACGGCGGUGCAAUGUACAAUCAUGAUAACUUUGAGAAGGCGGUACGGACUGGUAUACCUUCUUUGGUGGUACUGGGUGAGUAUGAUGAUCUGUGUACGGAGCAACAGUUAAGAGGAUAUGGGUUCAGUGAUGUUCAUGUUGUCCCACAAGCCGGACAUGGUGUUGUAAGAGAACGGGUACCAGAAGUUGCUGGAUUCAUCACAAACUUCUGGAAUGGGCUAGAUUAA